AUGCCUAUCAUCAAGAAUUUCACCCUGCCGGCCUCCGCAAAGCUCCUUGAAGUGUCCGAGGGUCUCGACUCCAAGCUCUUCCUUGCUUUCAUCUCCGGAGAUGAUCCCAUCACCAAGCAACCAUGGUGCCCUGAUGUUCGUGCCGCGCUGCCGCAUAUCAAUGCUGCUUUUGCCGCUCCCGAUGCGCCAACUGUAGCUAUCGUCUCGGUUGGAGAUAAAUUGAAGUGGAAAGAGCCCAAGAACGUCUACCGCACGGAGUGGAGGGUCAACAACGUGCCGGCCUUGGUACGCUAUCAGCGCGUCAACGGAGAGAUCUCCGAGACCGCGCGCUUGAUCGAGGCGGAGAUCCUGGAUAAGGCGAAGUUGCAGACUUUCCUUGCCUAA